AUGCCAAAUCUCACCCACACCCAGGUACAGGAGAUGAUCCGGAUUACAAAUUCACGCCACGAUGUUGAUGAAAUCGAUGGGGGACUUCGAGACCUCGGAAGUCACCGAUUUGAGGACCGAUCCCUAGCUGCCCAAGUCGACAUGUUUAUCGAGUGGAAUCCGAGGUUCAACGGGUACGCAGAAACGCUCAGCGAUGGCGUAAAUGCUCUAAACAAUGCCUCGCAAGUCCUGACCUGGCCUGAACAUCGCCGGUUGCUGAGCCAAUUCCGCACGGAGUUGCAGGCUGCGAGGAUCGAGUUGUAUUGGCGCAGAAACAUGCUGAAUAACUGGUACCGCGCCCUCAAUGAGGAAGAAAGGGACAUGGUGAAGAUCAGGUACAAUGCCGUCAAUAGCGGCCGGCGGUGGUGA